AUGGCCAGCAUAUCCACAGAGACGCGAUCUAUAUCCCUGCCAAAUACCACCUUUGUGGUUGGCGAUAGAGUUAUAAAACCCGUGUCCUUGAAUCGUACGUGGAAUACUACAACGGUUAAUCAGCUACUGGGGCUGCCGGGUAUGUUCUCAACAUAUACAAAGGGCGAGCUGCUGCGACUGCGAGGAAUAGCGAUUACUUCGUCUUCCCUUUCAAUAAUUUUCGCCUUUUUUGGAAUAUUCCUAAUCCUGUGCAUUGAUAAGCGGCGAAAGGUGUUUCGUCACCACUUGAUUUUUUUCCUCAUUUCAUGCGAUCUCCUCAAGGCAUUGGUCUUACUGAUUUACCCCAUAGCCAUUCUUUGUGAAAAUAGGGUGUACGGAUUCCCGGCAUUUUAUAAUACUUUGGGGUGGUUCACCAGCUUCGCAAUCGAAGGAGCUGAUUUCGCAAUUGCAAUUUUCGCAAUUCAUUUUGCUUUGCUCAUUUUUGUUCCGUCAUGGAAAUGGCAAAACAAGUCGACGGGCAAUAUGGAGGGUGGACUGUAUUACUUACGGCACUACUUAAUUCCUGUCACUUUUCUGCUUCCAAUGAUACUUGCCAGCCUGGCGUUCAUAGAGUUCAACUCUUAUAUUCCCGUUAAUGUGAAUGACAAAGUAAUCCUGGACAACAAUAAGUUUGGAUUUCGCUUUCAGGCGCGAGUAGGGGGAUACAAGGCCAUGAGCGCAUGGUGCUACUUAGCGCCGCGCCCAUGGUGGUAUCGCCUUGUCUUAAGUUGGGGUCCUAGGUAUUUCAUUAUCAUACUGAUAUUCACAAUUUAUAUCAGCAUCUACGUGUUCGUUUCCAGAGAGAACCGUAAGAUCAAAAAUCAAAUCGGCUCCUUUAGAUACGAAAGCAGUGUAAACAUCCACGGCGACCGAGACAGCAAGGGAAGACUAUUGUCGUUGAAUCAGAGGCUAAUGCUCUAUUUUAAGUAUGCCACCAAAAAGCUAGGAAUAAGAAAGGUCGUGCGAAGUGUGGUCAAUUUCUUCUUUCUCUACUUGGAAGACUAUAACGAGGAAGACGGCGAGAUUUCCAAUCAGGAUGAAAACUUUGAGUCAUUGACACGAGUUUGCAGUCUGGGAGCUGUUGGUGAAAGUGCAGGUUUACCUCAACAUUCUUCAGGUAACCAAUAUCCCGCCCUUGGAGCUCAGCGCCCGCAGAUGCCACUUCGAGGAAACUCUCCAACCCCAAAUUAUCCUAAGCGCAUACCGACUAGACGCAUGUCCUCCAGUACAAGCCCUCGUGCUCUUUCUUCGGUCUUGUUAGGCCCAGAAGAUGCACAAGUAGCUCACUCAACUUCUAACGGAUCAAGAAACAGCAAUUUGAAUUACGCGAACCAUGAAAACCACAAUACUACCGAACCGAAGCAGAUUAAUGGGGCGCCGUACAAUGAUGCAAAAAAACCGGGAACAGUUCCACGAGGCAAAAAGACAGAAGGGCAGGGUUACGGUACUCGCAAAAGUGGCACCGGGCCAUCGGGACCAGUCGGCGGCGAAUCGGCGGACGAUCGAUCUGAAGCAGGUCCUAGUGUUGUUGCAUUGGAUCCAAACCACAUUAUUGGGCUCCAGCAAAACUUUCAGUCAGAAACAUAUCAAGACUUCAAAAAGAGAAGAGCGCAAAUCCAAAAGCAGUUGAGAUCUAUUUUCAUUUAUCCAUGUUCAUAUGUCAUCAUAUGGACAUUUCCAUUCAUUGUUGAUGUCGUUCAAUACCAUAAUGAAGUAGUUCACGGACCAAUUGUCUGGCUUUCAUACAUCGCCACAUUUAUGCAACCAUUCAGUUGCUGCGUCGAUGUUCUCGUAUUUGUCUACCGAGAGCGUCCCUGGAGACAUUCAUGGGCUGCAAUAACUAGGAAAGAGCUCUACAACAAUUAUUCACUGAAAGGUGAAAUUGGGGAACAGGCCAUCAGAGAGAUAUGCAAUAGUGAAAUGGGCAAGAGAGGCUGGUUUUUUCGUGGUCGGUGGUCUAAACUUGAGUGCUGGCGCCACAAGCCUCAAAGAUGGAAAAGGGUUGCUUGGUUUUGCUAUCGAUUUUUCAAGGGAUUUGUCAAGAAUGAUUAUAAUUUUGACGAUAGAUGUAACGAUGCGGCCUACUGGGAUGAGUACUAUUUGGGAAAGCGUGCCGAAAAUGAGCACCCAGCGAACACCAGGCUCCGUUGUUCAGAAGCGCUGAAAGAAGUUCUAGACAUUGACAACGUGCGGAAAGGCUCUUACAUCUCAGGUUCUACCGGUGAGAUAAUUUAUGAGAACCAAGGAUAUGUGCGGAUCCCUUUACUAUGGCGACUUGUUCACAUGCUUCCCAUGCUCGAGGGAAUAGAUUUGGAUGAGCUGGAUUAUGAGAUACGCAGUAGUCAACACAGAAACAACCUCGACAUUCCUGGGCUAAAUUUAGCGUUACAGAACAUUACACAAUAUGAUUCCACGGGCGCUGUGGCUUCGGUAUUUAAGCCGGACUACGAUAUGACCAACAUUGCCGACCAAAGUUCCCUUCCAAAUAACAAUUUUCCACCACGCCCGCCUCCUUUGCAUCGGUCGAAAUACAGUUCAUCACGAACUUCUCAGAUUUCACAAUCUCCUUUUAUCAAUUUAACUCGUGGUAGUACCAAUGAUCAAAGAGUAACGUCGUCGAGUCACGCAGGCGUGUCAGGCGGCCAAGCUGGAAGAACUUCACUUGAAGACGAAAGUCUCGACCAAGCUAAUAACCAAGAUGAAGCUUCCGGCGACACAAUGGAUUUUAUGGACUUUUUAAAAGGAUGA